GCAGUUAUAAAGUAUAUAUUCCUGACAAUUAUACCGGUGAUCCUGCUAUUAGAGCAGUCUGUCCUAAAUCAGAAUGUCAACAAAAAGAAAGGGAAUUAAAACAAAAAAUUAAAGACGAAAAGGAAAAAGAACAGCAAGAAAAGUUGGCAAAAAUUCAAGAGCAAAUUGAAAAUUAUAAAGAAUUAGAAAAGGAAAUUAACGAUAUAGUUGCUGAUAAAAAUAUUAGUUCAGAACAGGCUAAAAGUCUAAAAAACCUUUUAACUCAAAAGAAACAGGAAAUAAACCAAACACGAAAAAAAUACGAUAAAGAAGAAAAAAGUUUGAUUAAAAAAUUGACAAUAGCCGAUAAAGAAUUAACCAAAGUGGUUCAGAAAAUAGUCAAAGAGGGAGAGAAAGUAAAAAACAAUUUAAAUAAAGCCAGAAAAGAAUACGAACGAGAAUCAGCCAAAAAGCAUUUUCAUAAAAAGGUAGACCAUUGGUUAAGCACUUAUCAAGCAGAUAUGAAAUAUAAGGGAAUUUCUCUACAAGACAAAGAUUUAAGUUUAUUAGACGAGUUGACAGCAGAAAUUUGCGGUAAGCAAAAACCAGAAAAACAACAGUUAGCAGAAAAAUUUCUCAAAAAACUCAUCGAAGCCGAACUUUAUUUAGAAAGAAAACAAUCUAAUUCUCAAAUUGUUACUGAACUAUUACAGUUGAAGAAAGAGAAUCUGAAUAUUUAUCAGUUAUUGAAUAAAGAGGGAAGGGUAGAUAAAGUAAUUACUAAAUUACAAGAAUUAGAGAAAGACCAAAAAAAUAAUCAGCAACCUAGCAAUAAUUCUUAUUUACUGCCCGGAAAAUCUACUUUAGCCCGAGCCUUAGCCCAUGAGGCCAGUCAGCAAAAAUUAAAAGUUUUAUUGGCUGAUUGUGAUCCGCAGCAAGCGACUAUAGAAAUUUUUUCCACUGCACAACAAGCAUUAAGAGAAGUCAACAAGUAUGACCUAACGAUUAUUGACGGCCCCGCCCGAACCAGUCAUGCGACGCUAGAGAUCGCCCAAAAAUCCGAUUUAGUAAUUCAGCCGGCUGGACCCAGUUUGGAUGAUUUAGUGCCAGCGGUCAAGGAAUUUCACGCCUUAGUGCAAGCGGGAGUGAAAAAAAAGAAAUUAAUUUUUGCUCUGAAUCGGAUUGCUACCCCAGCCGAAGAGGCUGGGGCUCGGAAAUAUUUAAGUAAGGCGGAUUACUCAGUGUUGAUAACCCCCUUGUUGGAAAAAACUUCUUAUCGGCAGGCACAAAACCAGGGUUUAGCGAUUACGGAAGUUAUUUAUAUGGGUCUUAAAGAACAAGCUAAGAAAUUAAUACAAGAAAUAAUUAAAAAAAAUAUUACAGCGGAACCUCCACAAGAGGCUAGCACCAAUUUACGGCAAAUUGAAAUUCCUUACACCCGUAAUUAUCGCCCCCGGUUAAUGAAAAGAACCGGUCGAGUAGUCCAAUUUGCUACCCGAGUUACCCCCGAAUUUGAUAAGGGGAAAGAGGCAGCCUCCUUAAAAAAUUACAAACUUAUGCUAAAACAACACACUAAAUUCUCAUCAGAAUAUAAUGCAGAAAUAAAACGUUUAAGCCUAAUUUUAAAAGAUGACAAAAAAUCAAAACAAUUAGAAAAAUUAUUGCAAGAACAUACUGAUUUAAAUAAUGAACAAGCCGAAAAACAAGACCAAAUCAGAAAGACUGCUGAUGAAAGAAAACAACUCUUAAAUAUCGCCUCCUACUCGCGAGAAAUAGAAAAAGAAGAAACCCGCUUAACUACUAACUCCACCACCCACAACCCGAGAAUGAAAAAUUUUCUCGGAACAGAAAAUAGAGAUAAAGAACUUUUUAGAAAACACACUCAUCAGUGUGGAGAAAAGUGUUUACCAUGCGUUAGAAUUAUAAGUCAAUAUGAAAAAGAUGAAACCUGUGAGAAGAUAAUGAAAGCCAAUCCUGGUUGUCAUUUUUGCCCGCAAUGUAUAGAAAGGCCCGAAGCGGUUAAACAUUAUGAGGAGAAUGAGUGA